UUAUAAGGUUCAGAUGUUGUGAGUCAACUCCGAAAUGUAUGCUGAGGAUCGAUAAUCCCAUCUCCCCUUUCCCCUCCAUACAGAAGAAGAAGACCGAAAAAACAUCAAGACGGCCGAGGCUAAUGAAAAUGCCGCAUGCAUGUCGCUGCACUGACGGUAUUUCAACCCCUCAUUUGGUACUGAUAAUCUCUUUUCUUCUAUUCCGCUGCGACCUGUCUAUGGUCAGAUUGGGACCUGAUGACCAAAAUGCCCCCGGAAUUGUGUCAUCCGCACCAAGUGUUCAUGCAUCCAUACGAAGUAUAUUGCCGCUUUCCCACUGGUUGACUUCCCCGUGUAGCCCCAUCGAGUCCCCAAAGGCGCAGCGCUAGGGCUGUCUUUUCCGACUUGCCGCUUUCUCAAGACGAGUACAACAUUUGGCGAUACAAAGGCUAAGAUAGAUAGACAGGGGAGCCCCUUGGCAACUAUCAUUAAGGAGGUCCUAAUCUGCUGUCAUAUGAAUUACGUUAGAAAUCGGCUGCACCACAGUUUGAAAGACAGCUAGGGAAUUGAGAUCGGAUUAGAGUCCGGCAUCCCAUGCGUUCGGAUAGUACUCCGGAAACGCACUGACUUCGCGAUGAUCGUCCAAUAGACCAAGUAUUUAACAUUCCGAUGUCCCGGGGAAAAAAAAGCAAAGGCUACA